AUGGAAGAAGAAGGCCACAGAAGGGAUAAUGAAAAUGAAACCAGUGGCGAAGAAGAUAUAAGCCAGUACGUCGCAAUGGAGGUUGAACUCACAGGUGAAGAAGAUAAUCAACAUCAAGUAAAAGGAGAGCCACCCGUGCACAUAUGCACUCCCAAGUGCCAGGCAAUGGAAAGCCUGCAUGAAUCUAUCAUGGUUCUCCACGAGGACGAAAUGGAUUCAUUAGCCACGCACCUCCAAGUGUGCGCGGUAGAGGAUAGGAAGCCCGAUAUGUUACAUGAGGCAGUCCAAACUGCAACACUUUAUCAAGAAGAUCACGAAAUGCCACGCGGGGGACGAGGACUACUCCGAGAUCGUGAAAGAAGCCUGUCAAGGCAACAAGCAGGAACACGAGGAACAGAACAACAAAGCGUUAUGGCGGGAGAUCCGCCAUCGGGGUGUUUGUUUUGUGACGGCUCCCAUUGGGCAAGCAACUGCAACUACGCGAAUACGCUUUCGUCGCGUCGGCAGAUGCUGGCAAGAUUACUAGAGCUGCCGCACUGCAAUGAAGAACUAGUACAUUUUGAUGAAAUGAAACGCAGAGAGCUGGUCGCUGGGGUUGAAACUGCUGUGCCAUUUAUCAGCCCAUCGUAUCGUUGUGAAUGGCAAAAGCUAGCAUAUCUUUACCUCGCCUCUAACGGCGGACAAACUUACAAGAGACUUGCCAGUGCGCUAACCCCGGCUAACCUGGUUUUGAAACCAAUCAACUUUACUGUAACGAAACUCAGUGCAGAAAAAGUUUCUGACAUACUGCAACCCCUUGCUGUUGAUAAUGAGGUGACCUAUCCCAGCGAGUUUGGCUGUUAUCUCGAUAGGACAAGGGCAGUCUGUGUGUUCCUACAAGACCCUCGCUUUUCACUCAAUCUUCUAUAA